CUCGUUAAACUGUUCUAGUCAAAUGCAAAGACUCUUUGAACGAGUUGAAUCAAUUCCUUUAAAUCCGUACAUAAGUUUGAGACGUUAUUUGUACAGUGUACAACAAGCUUAUGUUCAUGCCAAACAGUAUCAACGUGAAGGCAACUUGGAACGAGAAGCACUCCUGUUACUUCGAAUUGCAACGCUAGUUCAGAAGACUAUAUCGAAGCAUCCAGAUUAUGUAAAGGUACAAAAUGCCAAUAUUGUCAAGGAAUUCCGUUUGUAUGCACAACUUGCUAUCAAACGUUUAGAAGAGAUAAAACCCUUGAUUGAUGCGAAAGAAAAUACUAGUGAAACCUUGACGAUAGCAAAUGCCGUGCAAGAAGAAAGUUCUCAAGCAGUGCUGCAAAAUAAUGUUCACUUGGAGAACGACUUGUUGAGUUCUGCUCCUGCUAUGAAAACAAGGACUAUGCAAGUUCACGAGGAAAUGCUUUUUGUUUUUGAGUCUAUUGCACAGAAGAACACAAAGAAUAAUAAAGAAACCUGCGGUGUCCUCGCUGGUGUACUUCAAAAUCACUUACUUGUAGUAACCAGUCUCAUUGUUCCUAAACAAACAGGAAUGAGUGAUUCAUGUGAAAUGUUGAAUGAGGAAGAGCUUUUUGCGUUACAGGAUAAGAAGAAUUUGAUGACUUUAGGAUGGAUACAUACUCAUCCUCAGCAUCCAUGUUUUUUGAGUUCAGUGGAUGUUCAUACUCAUGCAAGUUUUCAAUGGAUAUUACCUGAAGCCAUAGCUAUUGUUAUAGCACCUACUGAUAGGCAACGUAUUGGAAUAUUUAGCCUGACACAUCCGGGAGGUCUCGAAUAUACCUUGCAAUGCCAACAAAGAGGACAUCAUCCUCAUCCUGAACAUGUUCCGAAAGGUUUCAUUGGCGAAGGAAAACUUUUUUAUGAGAACUGCAAUCAUGUUGAACUCGUAAGAGAUCAUUCCAUACGUUAUGAGGUAGGCUGUCUUCUUUUGAUAAUAUGCAAUAUAAAGCCGAAGCAUCGAAUUACCAAUACCGUUCCUUGUUUUGCAACAAGGCUCGGCAAUGUCAUCGAUGCAACAUCAAACACAUGUCCAAUAACAUCGUUCUGUUCACAUUCAGAGAACAUAUUAUCAUGCUUAUUGGACAAACAUUUUGAAAUGUGACUUGCUUAUAUUCUCUGAUUAGGUUUAUGAUUUGCGUUGAUUUUCAGAUAAUGUCGAUAGUAUGGGAUUAUUUUUGGUUAGUAUUCAUGAGUCUCUUAGAUUAUCUUUGGAUAGUCAUUGAGAGAGGAUGUUUGAGUAAGAUGUGGAUGAUAGUGGACGAUGUACAGUCAAUGAAAUGUGGCAAAGAACAUUUUUGGGGAUCUUAUCCAUUUAGAAAGAGAAAGAAAGAAUGAACUGAAUUUCUCAUCUUUCAAGAGGCUAUAUUAGGUUCUUUUUUCAAAUAAGAAAAUGGUAGAUUUUGACUUUUCCAUAUGGCAUAAUCUUAUUCCAUUGUGAUUUGGCCUUUUGUAAGUUAUAAGUGAUAUGUGGACCAGUUCUCGUAUGCUUUCUCGUUGGAUAAGAAAUAUCGUACACCUUCA